UAGAUGACGUAAACUACUUCCUGUUUUAAACAUGUGUGAACCAUGGAAGUCAAAGUCAUAGACAGAUAGACUAUUGCUAACACGUCUUUCGUUCAUAUAUUGUGUAUUGCUUGAUGUUGCUUCGUGCUUUGUCCAUCCAUUAACUGAACGACUUUAUUUCUCCAAAAUGCCGUUCAUGAAGGGAAGAGCCGCUAUGCGGCGAACGUUGAGAUACUUGCAGUCGAAACCGUUGUUUUUGAAGGAUGAAGUGAAGGUUUUGACUGUGCAUUAUAACAACGGACAGGUUGCCAGUAAAGGCGCAUAUGAUUUUGUAUUUUGGCAUCUACCACAACUACAGUACUGCAAUCCUGCUGUUCAGAUAGUCACCUUCAAAAAUAUGACACCAUCCCCAUUCUUUCAAUUUUACUUUCAAAAUGGAGAGACGAUGUUGAUGGAUCUAGAUUCUGCAUCCCGGGAAGAGAUAACGAAUCACUUACAGAAUACUAUUUGUAAAUCCAGGCAAGCCCUGGAGAAGAUGAGGAAGGAGGAGCAAGCUAAAGACAACCAGGCCAACUUUGGGUACUCAUGUUCCCGAUGGUGUAUCUGUGAGAUGCCUGGUCAGGUCCCCUGUCCAGGCUGGGUAACACUUCCCAAAGAAAUGCGUGGCAAAUACAAAAACAAGGACAGUGAUUAGUAGAACUAGGAAAUGUAGCCAAGGAAGUACUGAAAUUGUAAUGAUUUGUGUUGCAAGAGGAAUUAGGUGCUCUUCAUCAUUGGAAUUAUCCACAAGUACCUAAUUGUCAUGUGGGUAUUGAAUGUUAAAAUUCAUGACCACAUAUGGAGGUCUUCUGAGUUAACAGAUGUUGUUGCAGUACUGUGCCCUUAAAAUUACAGUAUUGUGGAAGUGUUGGUGUGUCAGAUGUUUCCUUUCAUAAAUCAGUCAAUCAUGAUGUACCAAAAUAUUCAAAAAAUGCAUGACAACCUCUCAAAUACAUACCAGAUCUUAAACUGUAGAACAGAAGUCGAAAAGGAAAUGCUUACACAAGAGACUAUGGCGAAAAAUCCAGAGAAAGAAAAUAUACAUAUAUAAGGAAUAGGAAACAAUCAUGUAUGUUGUUUAGUUUGUGGUUUGCCUGUGUAGUAGUGUCAAUACAUUAUCGUGCAAGAGACAACUGCAACAAUCACCAAACUGCCACUUGUUUUCAUUGUUCUCGAUCUGCUCACUUGAUUGCUAUCAACCUGUUUUAGAUUUGUUUCCAUAUAUACAAUGAUUUAUGUUAGAUACAAAGGUGUGAGAUUGAGUAUUAUCUGUGUGUGAAUUUCUGUGUCUAGUAUUCAUCAUGGGCAUAGAAAGUGUUGAUAUUCAAUAAAGUAUAUUAAUUGUA